AUGGCACCAACUUCAUCUCCCCGCUUCUCCCCCUCCGAAGUGACAGUCAUCUUCUUCCUCGGCGGCCCGGGCAGCGGCAAAGGCACUCAAUCAACCAACCUAGUCCGCGACUAUGGAUUCGUGCACCUCUCGGCAGGCGACCUCCUCCGGGCCGAACAACUCCGUGAGGGAAGCCAAUACGGUGCAAUGAUCAAAACCUACAUCACCGAAGGCAAAAUCGUGCCCAUGGAAGUCACCGUCAACCUCCUUUCCAACGCCAUGCGCGAGUCCCUCGACAACAACCCGCCCGCCGCUGGUACCAAGGCCCGCUUCCUGAUUGAUGGGUUCCCGCGUAAGCUGGACCAGGCUGUUUUCUUUGAGGAGACGGUUUGUCCGUCGGAGUUGGUGCUUUUCUUGGAUUGUCCCGAGGAUGUUAUGGAGGCUAGGCUUUUGAAGCGUGGGGAGACGAGUGGACGGGAUGAUGAUAAUGCGGAGUCUAUUCGGAAGCGGUUUAGGACUUUUGUGGAGACUUCUAUGCCUGUUGUGGAUGAUUUUGAGGCUAAGGGGAAGGUUGUUAAGGUUCAGGCUACUGGGUCUGUGGAGGAGGUUUAUGCGCAGGUGAAGCAGGGUAUUGAGGAGCGGGGUGUGCAUCCUCGUUAA